AUGCGCAUCGCAGUUGCCGGUGCUGGCGACCUAGCCAAAUACCUUGUGGAGGAGCUCCUCGCCGCUUCCCAUGAAGUCGUCGUGCUAAGCCGAAGCUCAAAACCCUGGUUCGAACGCCGUGACAUCUCUUUCCGUCGAACUGACUACUCCGUCCCAUCAUUGGCCGUAGCUCUGGAAGACUGCGAUGCCCUGGUCUCCGCGCUGCUCGACUACUCUCUCGGCAGUGCCACCACGCAUCUCGCCCUAUUGGAAGCCUGCCAGCAAAGUUUGAAAUGCAAGCGAUUCCUACCUUCUGAAUACGGCGGAAAUAUCGAUCUAUACCCCGACUCGCCACAGUUCUACUACGCCAAUCACGAGCCUGUGCGCCAGGCGUUGCGUGCACAAAGUGAUGUCAUGUGGACGCUUUUCAAUAUGGGCUGGCUGUCCGACUAUUUCGUACCGGCUGGCUCACGAUAUAUCCGUGAUAUCGGUGAAUUCCACCCUGUCAAUUUUAAAACGGGCACGAUAACCAUCCCGGGGACCGGCGAGGAGUUGAUUUCUUUUACUGCUGCGCGUGAUGCGGCGAGGGCUAUUGCGCGCCUAAUUGAUCAGGAUAAUUGGGAGCCCACUACUUUUGUAUGUGGUGAAACGACCACCUGGAAUAUGGUUGCGCAGUUGCUGGCCAAGUAUGGAAAGAACCUGGAGGUCCGUUAUGUAACCCUUGAUAGUCUGCGGAAUUCGAUCAAGCAAGGGAGCCCAGGUGAUGACGAUGUCAUUGCGGCGCAAUAUGCCGAGUUCUCUCUGGCUGGUGGAGCUAUUCUACCCCAGGAAAAGGUAGAACGUCAGAUGAGGGAAUACUUCAAUGAUCUGAAGUUUCGAUCAGUGGAGGAAGUGGUACGGGAAGCGGAACAGCAUCCGGGGACUAUUGUUUAG